UGUCUAAAAGACACAUUGAGUAUUAAAAAGACCAAACAAAAUUUAUUUUCUCUUAGCACUGAAUUUCACAUUUUUGAAGCAAUAAGGUUAAAAAUGAUCAAUACUGGAAAAUUGGGUGGUCGCACACUUUUCGUAACUGGUGCAUCACGGGGAAUUGGGAAAGCCAUCGCUUUGAAAGCAGCUCGUGAUGGUGCAAAUAUUAUAAUCGCUGCCAAAACGGCAGAGCCACAUCCAAAAUUACCUGGAACCAUUUACACAGCAGCUCAAGAGAUCGAAGAAGCCGGCGGAAAGGCAUUGCCACUCAUUUUGGACGUGCGAAAUGAACAACAAGUUAAAUCAGUGGUGAAAACAGCUGUUGAAAAGUUCGGUGGCAUCGAUAUUCUAGUGAACAAUGCCAGUGCAAUUUCAUUGACACCAACACUCCAGACGGAGAUGAAACGAUAUGACCUGAUGAACAACAUCAACACUCGCGGCACUUUUCUUGUAUCCAAAGAGUGCAUUCCCCAUUUGCUGAAGAGUGACCAUGCUCACAUUCUGAAUUUAUCACCUCCGUUAAACCUCAAUCCGAUGUGGUUCAGCAAAUCACUGGCAUACACCAUAGCCAAAUAUGGAAUGUCGAUGUGUGUGCUUGGAAUAUCUCAAGAGUACAAGGGUCGAAUCGGAGUGAAUGCAUUGUGGCCCAAAACGGCCAUUGCAACUGCCGCCGUUGAGAUGUUGCUGGGUGAAAACAGUAGUUUAUACUCUCGCAAGCCAGAAAUCUGUGCCGAUGCUGCCUAUGCUAUUCUGAGCCGCGAUCCAAAAACCACAACCGGUAACUUCUACAUCGAUGAAGACGUCGUUAAACAGGCAGGCGUUCCAGACUUGACGCAAUAUGCUUGUCAUCCAGAAAACGCCGAUCAUUUAAUACCCGAUGGAUUUUUGGAUAUUCCAUUCGAUAAGACUAUUGUUUGGAGCGAACAUGAGAAACCAAAGUUUCAAACCACUAGCUGUAGAUCCGGAGAGAUAGCGAGACUGUUUAGAGAAAUCGAAAGCCACUUGAACGAGGGAAUAGUUCAAAGAGUAAACGCCAUUUAUCAGUUUAAUGUAGAAGGUGAUGAGCCCGGCACUUGGUUUCUCAAUUUGAAAUACGGAAAAGGGAGCUGCGGCAGAGGUGAUGGAGGCAUCAGACCAGAAGCCACACUGAUUAUGGACUCAAAAGAUGUGCUCGAUCUUUUUGCUGGACAACUCAAGGCAACCUCAGCGUACAUGUCUGGUAAAUUGAAGAUCAACGGCGAUUUGCAGAAGGCCAUUGAUUUGGAGAAAUUCAUGCGUAGCUUCAACAAGAGGUUGUAAUUCAUUGCAUUACUAGUGGCCAUACGAGCCAUGGCUUAUUAGGACAUUUGGUUAAGUUAAAAAGAAUAAAUUUUAGAUCGAAAAUGAAUUCUAUUGUGAAUUCAACUAUGUGCUUUGCUAUAUAAUGAACAUAUGAAAUAGGGACAAUUAGACACAAAUGUAAAAACCAGCAGUAUGACUUAGGUUUAAGUUUUCAUGCUUUACAACGUUUUAUGGGGUUUCAAUAGGGGUUUGCCCACCAUAAUCGUCCUCUAUGAAUCAAAAGUAAUUUAAAUAAAUAAAUAAAAUAAAAAAAUGAAAUCAACCGCGAAAUAAGUAUUGAAAUUGCCUUUGCAAAUGAAUUUCCAACAUCACAGAGCACAAAAUAUUUUUUUCUCAACAUUUAUUUGCAAUAUUAAGUCUAAAUGUUAGUUUGUAAACUAUAAUUUGAAGUUUUCUUGUCUAAAGUCUCGCAUUAAUUGGAUUUUUUCUCGCAAUUAUUAGUUUAUGCAUUUUUACUAUUUUUUAAAUAAAAUUAUAAUAAAAUUC